CUCAAGUGGCUGAGUUUUGUUUUAUUUUUUAAUGAUUUUUUUAGAAUAUGUUCCUCUAUUUUUCAGACCCAGAUCUCGGUUUUUCCCAACCCAUUAUUGCUUCAACUUAAAGUUUUUAACUUUAUGUUCAUUAUUGGCUUUGCUUAAUUCUUGCUAGUACUGGGUCGUUUCCAUUUUGCUUUUAUUUUUGGAAUCUUUGCUUCUCUCCUUUCUCAUCAUUUGAUUCCAAAGUUCCUUUUCUGAAGAACUUGUUCUGGCUACUGUAACAGGAAAUGACUGGUUUUGGUGUUCUCUUCUAGCUAGGCUUGCAGUGUUGCCACCAUGAUAAAGCAAAUUCUUAGCAAAUUACCGAAGAAGGUUCCGAAAUCUGAUUCGUCAGACUCUGGGAGGAGUGAAUCCGGGAAUACUACUACUUUUGGGAAUGUCUUUCAAUGCACAAAUGUUGGAAGUACCAUUUCAAGCAAAUUAAAUGUUGUGAAGCGGGUGUCUUCGGUUGUUUUCCCUGCGAGCAUGAAUACUGGAGUGGAGGCAAUUGACCCUUCUCUAUCCUUCAAAGACGUGUCGAAUACACAGAAGCAAAGCCUGUUUAUUAGUAAGUUGAACCUUUGCUGCAAAGUGUAUGAUAUGACUGAUCCUGAUAAGAACUGCACCGAGCAAGAUCAAAAGCGUCAAACCUUGUUAGAGCUAGCUGAUUUUGUAUCUUCUGGAUCUGUGAAGUUUACAGAACCAACAAUUGCUGCACUGUGUAAAAUGUGUGCAGCUAAUUUGUUCAGGGUUUUUCCACCCAAGUUUCGUACAAGUACUACCGGUGGCGAAACAGAAGAUGAUGAGCCUAUGUUUGAUCCUGCUUGGUCUCACCUGCAAAUAGUUUAUGAUCUACUCCUUCAGUUCAUCAAUUAUAACUCACUUGAUGUGAAGGUGGCAAAGGCACAUGUAGAUCAUGCUUUUAUUUUAAGACUACUUGACCUUUUUGAUUCCGAGGAUCCCAGAGAAAGAGACUGCUUGAAAACAAUUCUGCAUAGAAUCUAUGGGAAAUUCAUGCUCCACAGGUCUUUCAUCCGGAAAUCGGUCAGCAAUAUCUUCUACCGAUUUGUUUUUGAGACCGAACGGCAUAAUGGAAUUGCCGAGCUGUUGGAGAUUUUUGGGAGUGUGAUCAGUGGUUUCGCCCUGCCAUUGAAGGAAGAGCACAAGUUAUUUUUGUGGAGGGCUCUACUUCCUUUGCACAAACCGAAAUCCAUUGGUAUUUAUCAUCAGCAGUUAACAUAUUGCAUUGUACAGUUCAUAGAUAAGGAUCAAAGACUUGCUAGCUCUGUGAUAAAGGGACUUUUGAAGUACUGGCCAGUAACAAAUAGCCAAAAGGAGCUAAUGUUCAUAAGUGAGUUGGAAGAAGUUUUGGAAAUGACUAGCAUGGCUGAAUUUCAGAAGAUUAUGGUUCCGCUUUUCCGACGGUUAGGUUGCUGCCUUAAUAGUUCUCAUUACCAGGUGGCCGAACGAGCACAUCUGCUAUGGAACAAUGAGCACAUCCUAAAUCUCAUCACACAGAACCGGCAGGAUAUCCUGCCGCUCGUCUUCUCGGCGCUUGUACAUAACUCUCAAAGCCACUGGAACCAAGCGGUACUCAACUUAACUCAGAACAUCAGGAAGAUGCUGUCUCAGAUGGACGAGGACCUCGUACUCGCCUGCCAGCGCAAGUUUGAGGAGGACGACGCGAGGUCAAGUGCCGUGGCCGAGAGGCGAAGAAUAACAUGGGAGCGCCUAGAGGAAGCAGCUGCCGGCAUCCAAUCCAUAGGAGGCGGUGGCAGCGGUGGUGGUGACAUUUUGGUUCCAGUAAAAUCAGCUUCAACUGCAUGCUCUGUGGCCUGCUGAUAAAAGUCAUGAACCAUAAUAUGAGAUAUUAUGUUAAGGUUCCUAAUAUUACAUAGUCGUGUGGUUCUUCAGUUCUUUUUUUACUUUUACCGAUGUUAAGUUAUCAUUGCCAAAAAUGCCAGUUAGGGAUUUUAUGUAAAAAUCAUCUAGUAUAUACGUUUUCAAAUAGAAUUGUGAUGAGGGGUGUUGGUAUUUCACAAAAAAGAACAAAACUUUAUGGUGAGUUAGGUGAUAUUUUUUAUUUUUGGUUUGGAGGGAACAUGGGGUGUAUGUUGUGUAGUGUCGGUGGCUUAUUCGUGCAUGCAAUUAUUUUUGCCAGUGUCAGCACUCAGCACCCUCUUCUCUUCUCAUAGCCUUAGACUCUUUAUUUGGUGUUUCUUUCUCUUCUUAUUACCCUUAUGGCCCCCACCAUUUUGCCCCCUUUACCCUGCCAAUGUAACCUAAAAUGUGGUGGCAUUCUUACAAACUCAUUGGCCAUAUUCAAUGUGGAUGCAUGCCUUCAGCA